UUCCUCAUGAUAACAAUUACACGCUAAAAUAUGAAUAAGAAUAUGUCGCUUGUACACUGCAUAAGCUAGAUAUAUAACUAGAUAGCCUGUAUAUAACUAGAUAACAGCGAAGCAGAACUACAUAGACCCGUAAAGAAAAGAGCUCUACGCUACUUUACCUAUGUAACAGUUCCAAGAAACAAACGCGACAGCAUGCCUAUAUCCUGUCACGGAUUCUGCAGCUAAUGGAACAGUGAUUAUUAUUAUUCUUUAGGUGAACCUAAUAGCACUACUAGUGAAGCAGAACGGUCUGGAUGCUAACUGUCUGACGGCCGAUGUGGCUGUUUGCUGCUCAGAGGAAUCGUGGACCCUGAGCUGACUUCAUUGUGAACUCCGAGAGGAAAUACUCAAACAGCACAGGCGGCAGCUGGAUCCAUACCGUACUACCUCCCAUGCAUAACAUGAUCCCAUGCAUAACAGGAUAUGAACAGUCUCGGGAUGGUAGACUAUUGACCUUGCCACUGAGUCACAGUAGACGGUUCUAUCAGGAUUGGAAGCACAAAAAAUCCCCCCUCCCAAAAAAAAGUGCAGUGUCAAUCAGGUGUCUAAUUACGAAACACUUGUCAACUCCACCAACUAACGGUGGCACACUACUGCAUCAGAGCGCUGUAUAGUUGCAAGGGCAGAGAAUGCGCCUUCGGGAUCCCUCUGGCCUCUCUGAGCGGUUCUUUAUUCCCUCCCAAUUUGCUUGCGUUUGAAACCUUUCCUGCAGAAUCUACAAAGCAUGGAAUUUUCGCUUCCUUUUUUUUUUUUUGUUUCUCUGUAUCGUGGGAGCAUUUCACUUAUCUCUCAUCUGCAUCAGACUCAAUGCAAUUCAUUUUUCUCCUCAGCCAUCUCAACCAUACGUCCCUUCAGCGGAAUGCACGCCGAGUCGCUCAACAUUUCUCCUGCUUACUUUGGCUUCACCUCCGUCAUCAUGUUCUUCUUCUCCAUCCCGUUCAAAAUGGUUCUGGGCGUCAUUGCGGACCAUGGCCACAACCUGUAUGUCCUCGUUCUUCUAGUCAUCGUCACCGAAGGAUCUUCCAAUUUCUAUCUCGGCCAUGCGAAACCCGUCGAGGUGCAAUACUUCGCACUCACUACGAACCAGACUUCGAACCAUGCCGAGCGCGUGUUUUGUUUUCCCCAUUCAUACAACCUCUCGUACGACCUACCAUGCCGUUUAGUCUGCGGUUGCCAACAAGACCUGCUGCAUCAGCCUAGCGUCAACGUUCCUCUGAACGCUACCUAUGUUCGUUCCAUCCAGGGAGUAUGCAUGACACCGAGUAAACUAGCUCUCGUUAACCAAGAACAUGCCUGCGAAGAUCCGAGCAAUUACAGCUGCGCCUUGUACUGUCCUCCAGAGUCAGACAUAAUUCAUUAUGCAAACUUCUGGAAGUACUUGCUGGCGAGGACAAUUUCCGGUGCCGCAACUACAACUUCGAUCGCCUUGACAGAUGGCAUGACGUACAUCAUACUCGGUAGUAGCGACAUCGAACUUUACAGCCACCAAAUCAUGUUCGGUGCGCUGGGCUAUGGGUGCCUAGGCGCCUUGGCGGGAGUGUUGAAUCAUUUCGCUAAGAACGAAGGUGAAAGUAAUUUGGCUCCGAGUUUCUACAUCAAUGUUAGUCUUACUCUCCUGGAUCUUCUAACACUUUAUUACAUCGAGAUUCCGUGGGAAAUAUCAAAUCGCCGCGUCGGCAAGGACCUGCACAACCUUAUCAGAGCGCCAGGAAUGUCGGUGAUCUUGUUCACACUGUUCAUGCUUGGCUUUCUUACAUCAGUCUGUACAUUCUACGGGUUCCUUUACAUGAUCGAGCUCGAAGCUCCGCUCUGGGCGAUGGGAACAACGUUGGCCUGUAGGUACGCCGCAGGGGAGCUGUUCUCUUUCUACGCCGCAGGCUGGCUGCAGCAGAGAUUUGGACUCUCCAGUAUACUGGACGUAGUGCUCGCGUUAACGGCGCUGCGGUGUCUGACGUACAGGGUUGCAGAGAAUGUCUGGCACAUUGGUGUUGUGGAAGUGGUGUAUGGCAUGUGGUACGGCGUGUUCUAUGCGGCUGUCAGUUCGCGGAGUGCUUCUGUAGCCUCACCAGAUAUCCCAUGCUCCACGCAAUGUGUCUUGGGAACAUUCUUCGAAAGCUUAGGACUCGGUGUAGGAAGUCUAAUGUCCGGUGUCUGCUUCGAACGGAUCGGCGCACGGAGCACCUACGCGCUCUUCCUCAUGAUUAGUGUCCUGUGUGUCGUCAUCCAUGCUGUCAUCGAGCGCACCUCUUCUCGCCACAUAUGCACACCUAAGCGGUACAUGGCACGAAGGAGGUCCUCGGUGACGUUCAAAUCGUUCAACGUCACGCAAACAUCGACCAGACGAGACGUCGGAGAUGCCACCACUAUGCCUUCCACAGUGACCAACAAACAGCUGCUUCCAACUCCUUCCUCCCAAACUACAAUUCCACCUGGUGGCUGUGCGCCGAACCCGACUUUGUGCGAUGGAAACGACACCAUAAUGUCUUUCGAGAAGAACACGCGUUCGCUCACACUGCAACACACGGCGCCGCUCAGCGAAUCCACCGCCGAACGUGCAUAUGAAGCAUUCUCUGAACUGGAACAACAGCUGUCGCUGGCGAACUUGAAAGCAGAUCAAAAAGUUUCUCAAGGGGGGAAGUCACCCAGUGAUGAACCACGUCUGUCAUCUGCAAGCGCUGCUGAUGGCGCCCGUUCUAAGGGACAGACGUCACCUGUUGUGCCAGAACCAGAAGCCGCAGAAGUUGUAGAAGCCGGUGACGCUGUUGAAGAUGCGCAGGACCAACCACCACAACCGGAUGACGUCCCGAUGAAAGGCAAAAGUAGAAAGAAGAAAAAGAAAGCGAAGAAAGACUUACCAGGAAAGGGUCGUCGUAAAAAAGGAAAGAAAAUUGACGCGAAAGAAGUGAAAGGUGAAGAUCGUGACCAGCCGAGCGUUGAUCAGGUGACCGGGACGGAGUCUGCACUUCCAGCGGCCAAAGAUACGAUAUCGGGGAUGCUCGUUUUGACGGGACAAGGUGUCAUCGAUAAAGAUAAGCUUCAGCAAGAGGACUCCGCAGUUCUAUCUGGUGCAGGUUCACCGGUAAUGUCAAUGGACACAAGCGAGACGCCAAAACCGGAGUUGAAGGAUGAGAAAGGUGGUCGUAAGGAGAAAAAAUAAGUUGUCGCCAGAACGGGUCAAGGUGGCAAUGACUGCACAUGUUAUGUCGCUUUACGUCUUCCAAGUGCUGGACGACGUUUCAUUCCAUUGACUUCUGUUUCUAUGCUGAUUAUAAACAAUAAGUAAAAUAACCACAAAAACGACAAUAUAACCACACUGUUUCA